CUUCAGGACGACAUCUACGUUCCGUGUAAAGAAUUGGCCUUGAAAUUCCAACGUGGAGACAUUCUGCACGUGCUCAGUACGGAAGACGAAAAUUGGUGGCAGGCGUACCGCGAAGGUGACGAUCACUCGCAGUCCCUGGCUGGCCUCAUCCCAAGCUCAAGCUUCCAUCAACAAGUCGUUCUCUACAUGGACGAGAUUGAAAAAGAUGAAUUGCCCAAAUGUCGGACCGAGUCGAGGAAGAAAUUACAGGAGGUCAUUCGAACGUUAGGUCGCAAGAGCUCCAAAGAGGUUCAACGCAGCGCCGAUGAGCCAGUGGGAAACAGCAUUGGCUACCACUCAGAUUUGCUGACAUACGAAGAAGUGGUUCUGUAUCUGGCACGAACCGAUCGUAAGCGUCCAUUGGUGCUCUGCGGCCCUGAAGGGGUUGGAUGUCUAGAGCUACGGCAGCGACUGCUCGAAAGUGAUAGAGAUCGUCUUGCUGGACCAGUGCCAUACACGACUCGACCUCAACGAGAUGGCGAGCUCGACGGUAUCCACUACCAUUUUAUUCCAAAGCAGCGCUUUUUAGACGAUUCGAAGGCCGGCAAAUUCGUUGAGUACGGAGAAUAUGAGAAGUACCUCUAUGGAACGGCAGCGGCAGAUAUUGUCAACGUUAUAAAACGAUCAAAAACCUGCGUACUCACGCUCAAGGCCGAGUCACUUAUUGCUGUGAGGACACCUGAAAUCAUGCCGUUCAUUCUGUUCAUCGCUCCUCCUUCAUUGCAAACGCUACGCAGGCAAAAGGAAUGCGCAGGGCAUUUCAAUGUCAAAGAUGAAGAACUGAAGAGUAUUUUAUGCCAAGGAAAGAGCAUAGAACAGGUCGAAAUUCGGACAUCUGUUCGACAGCAUCAUUGUGAACACGGACUUCAACAAAUCGUUGGAUGA